AUGGUGUUUCUCUCCGGAAACGCUUCGGAAGGCUCCAACUGCACCCACCCUCCGGCACCGGUGAACGUAUCCAAGGCCAUCCUGCUCGGCGUGGUCCUGGGGGGCCUGAUCAUUUUCGGGGUGCUGGGGAACAUCCUGGUGAUCCUGUCGGUGGCCUGCCACCGCCACCUGCACUCCGUCACGCACUACUACAUCGUCAACCUGGCGGUGGCCGACCUGCUCCUCACCUCCACCGUGCUGCCCUUCUCGGCCAUCUUCGAGAUCCUGGGCUACUGGGCGUUCGGCCGGGUCUUCUGCAACAUCUGGGCGGCGGUGGACGUGCUGUGCUGCACGGCGUCCAUCAUGGGCCUGUGCAUCAUCUCCAUCGACCGCUACAUCGGGGUCAGCUACCCGCUGCGCUACCCGGCCAUCGUCACGCAGCGGAGGGGCGUGCGCGCGCUGCUGUGCGUCUGGGCACUGUCGCUGGUCAUCUCCAUCGGGCCUUUGUUCGGCUGGCGGCAGCCGGCCCCCGACGACGAGACCAUCUGCCAGAUCAACGAGGAGCCGGGCUACGUGCUCUUCUCGGCACUGGGCUCCUUCUACGUGCCGCUGGCCAUCAUCCUGGUCAUGUACUGCCGCGUCUACGUGGUGGCCAAGCGCGAGAGCCGGGGCCUCAAGUCCGGCCUCAAGACGGAGAAGUCGGACUCGGAGCAGGUGACGCUGCGCAUCCACCGCAAAAACGCCCCGACCGCGGGCGGCAGUGGUGGCGGUGGCGGGGCAGGGGGCGGCGCGCCCAGCAGCGCCAAGAACAAGGCGCACUUCUCCGUGAGGCUCCUCAAGUUCUCCCGCGAGAAGAAAGCGGCCAAGACGCUGGGCAUCGUGGUGGGCUGCUUCGUGCUCUGCUGGCUGCCCUUCUUCCUGGUGAUGCCCAUUGGGUCUUUCUUCCCUGAGUUCAAGCCCUCAGAAACAGUCUUUAAAAUCGUAUUUUGGCUCGGAUACCUAAACAGUUGUAUCAACCCCAUCAUCUACCCGUGCUCCAGCCAAGAAUUCAAAAAGGCCUUCCAGAACGUCUUAAGAAUCCAGUGUCUACGUAGAAGGCAGUCUUCCAAGCAUGCCCUGGGCUACACCCUGCAUGCCCCCAGCCACACCCCGGAAGGGCAGCACAAGGACAUGGUUCGAAUCCCCGUGGGAUCUGGAGAGACCUUCUAUAAGAUCUCCAAGACCGAUGGGGUCUGCGAAUGGAAGUUUCUCUCUUCCAUGCCGCAUGGAUCUUCUAGGAUUACAGUGCCAAAGGACCAAUCUGCCUGCACCACAGCCCGGGUGAGAAGUAAAAGCUUUUUGCAGGUCUGCUGCUGUGUGGGGCCCUCGACCCCCAGCCUUGGCGAAAACCACCAAAUUCCCACCAUUAAGAUCCACACCAUCUCCCUCAGUGAAAAUGGGGAGGAAGUCUAGAGGAUGGGACAGGUCAGAGAGAAGAAGGAUGCCAGGUUAACACACACACACACACACACACACACACACACACACACACACUUCCUACUUGUAAUGCCAGGUCAUCCUUCCUGGAGGAGGACCAUCCACUGAGUGGACAAACUGGGCCUGGAGAUGGAGAGGGGAUGUACCUGGUCAAGCAGCAGUAGCACCUAGGGAUGGG